AUGCAAUCUAUCAUGGUGAUCAAUAUUUCAAUCGUUGUUUGUUAUGCUGUGUUUUUGAUUCUGAUAAGGAGAGUCCAAAUGAGCGAAGACAAUAUGAGGCACAUCUAUCGAUCACUGAUCGUGAUUAGUCUAACUGUCGUCUUUGGAUGGUUCAGUACAAUGGUCAUCGUCUGCAUCAGUGAUCUCUUGAAUCUUAAGAUUGAACGAUUCUAUGUGAACCUCUUGGCCGGACUUUUUGUGAACUUCGCAUGCGCACUCAGCUUCUUUGUAUACUACGCUGUGAGGUUAGUUUUGCUCAGAAAAUUGUUUGGAGACAGCAUUUUUUUUUGCAAAAUUGUCUCUAGUAUUCGAUCUCAAACCGCUCUACGGUCGAGAGUUUCU